AUGACUUAUCCAGCAUCAGUCUUCAUCACAGGAGCAAAUAGAGGUACUGGCAUUGGCCUGGUGAAGGAAUUCCUCAAGGCCUCUUCUGUAAGACUUGUAAUAGCCGGAGCAAGGAAUCCUGAAAGUGCGAAGGUGAUACAGUGUUUCGUGUUUUGGGACAAGAAAGAGUAUAAAUUUCAAAAUGAUGUCACAGGAACAGACAGAGGUAUUGGUCUUGGCUUGGUUAAGGAGUUCCUCAAAGUUUCUUCUGUAAAACUAGUACUAGCUGGAGCACUGAACCCAGACAACGCGAAGGGUUUGAAUGCCAUCACCGAUAGUCGGCUAAAAAUCGUCAGAAUGGAUGUGACAUGUGACCAGUCAAUCAAAGAGGCCUAUGCAGAGGUAGAGAAAUCAGUUGGAGAGGCCGGGUUGAAUCUCUUACUAAACAAUGCAGCCAUUUUUCCACCAUAUUUCACCAAUGGAGCUAUUGAUCGACAAACACUUUUGGACUGUGUCAAUGUUAAUACAAUAGGAGCGGCUAUUACUUGUCAGACCUUUUUACCUCUGUUGCGCAAGGCAUCAUCUCAUGGAACAGGUGAUCAUCUUGGUGUCGAUCGUGCUGCAAUCGUAAAUAUCUCCAGUGUAACUGCGUCUGUUGGAAUGAACGAAGAUGGGUCCGGCGUGCUCGGUUUCUUAGCUUAUAAGAUCAGUAAAUCUGGCUUGAAUCAGUUAGGUAAGACAAUGGCUAUCGACCUUGCCAAGGAUAAAAUCCUUGUCGCUCAGUUUUGUCCUGGUUGGGUGCAAACCGAUAUGGGAAAUAAGGGUGGACGAAUAGCUGAACUCACUGUUGAGCAGUCUGUCUGUUCAUUGGUGCAGUCAAUAUCAAAGUUACAAAAACAACACAAUGGAGGAUACUUCAAUCGCCAUCUUGAAGUCAUACUUUACUAA